AUGGCAGAUUGUUCUGUAAACCAAACUGAUGACACCAAUGAGGUGCCAUCUACCUUUGAUCAAGUUAAAAAAAAUAAGAAGAAGCCUGUUAAAAAGGAUAGCAAACCCACUAAAGAGGAUAUAAAAAAAGAAAAAGUUAAUAAGAAAAUAAAUGCAAUCAAAGAGCACCUCGCUCGGCAGCGUGAGGAAGAGGAAAGACUGCGGAAGGAGGCCGAGGAGGAAGAGCGUCGCUUUCAAGAGGAGAAACGUAGGCUAGAUGAGCAACGUCGUCUUGAAGCUGAAAGGCGCGAACGUAGGAAGCAAAAGGAAAAAGAAAGGAAGCAACGUCUUAAAGAAGAAGGAAGGCUGUUAACUGACAAGCAAAGGGAGGACAGAAGAAAAGCAAUGGAGCUAGCUCAAGCUCGUGGUCUGGAUCUUAGUGCCGCCAAAAGUGAUCUUAAAAAUCGAACGUAUUCAAGGAUAAAGAAGCGGCCUCAAGCCCAGGUAGAAGUUGCCUCCGUCCCAUCGGAACCUGUCGUUACGGAUGAUGCGGAAAAUGUGGUUUUAGAGGAGCCGAGCAAUGGUGUUCAUGACUGGGAGGACCUAGCUUCUGAUCUUCUCUCGACCGAAAAUCUUCCGUCUGAGCAAAUAGGUGCGACAUCUGAAAGUGAUCACAGUAGUGGAGAAGUUGAAGUAAAUGAUCUGGAUCCAUCUAAUCCUGGGACUGGGGAUUUUAAUCAAGAAGCCGAUAUGUCCGAAGGGUUUAAAUUGUCCGAAACUCAGCUCACUGAUGAAGAGAAAAAAAACUUGAUUGAGCAGGCGAGAGUUCGACUUCAGCAACAACAUGCACAAAGUGAGAAUGCUGAAGCACAAAAGGUACUUAGGUCUGGCGUUAUUUGUGUUUUGGGACACGUUGAUACGGGAAAAACUAAAAUCCUCGACAAGUUACGCAACACGAACGUACAGGACCGCGAGGCCGGAGGUAUAACUCAACAGAUUGGUGCAACUAAUGUGCCCAGAGAAAAUAUUAUCCAUGCUACGCGCAUGUGUAAGUACUUCAAACAAGAAGAUUUGCAAAUGCCUGGUCUACUGAUUAUUGACACUCCAGGGCACGAGUCUUUUAGUAAUUUACGCGUACGAGGUUCGUCGUUGUGUGAUUUCGCAAUUCUUGUUGUUGAUCUAAUGCAUGGUAUCGAAGAGCAAACCAAAGAAUCAAUUCGGAUACUGUUGAAUCGAAAAACGCCAUUUGUAGUGGCUCUCAAUAAAAUUGACCGACUGUACCAAUGGAAAAGUUAUCCAAACCUUGCAGUUGAGGAGGCUCUAUCAAGGCAGUCUGAGGUUACUCUAAAUGAUUUCAGAACGCGUUUGAAGGAGGUCGUCCAACACUUUGCGAUGAUGGAGCUGAACGUGGAAUUAUUUUAUAAGAAUACAAAUCCUAGUGAAUUUGUUAGUAUGGUACCUACCUCCGCCCAUUCCGGUGAUGGUAUGGGUGAUCUCCUGGCGUUUAUGUGCAAGGAAUUACAGAGCCGACUAUUUAAACGUCUCACUUUUUCCGAAGAGCUUAAGGCGUCUGUCAUGGAGGUAAAGGAGACGGUUGGUUUGGGAACAAGUUUGGACGUAAUUGUGGUGAACGGUCGUAUUCAUGAGGGUGACACGAUUGUUCUGGCGGGUCAGGAGGGUCCUAUAGUGACCACGGUGCGCAGCAUCCUUAUGCCCGCUCCCAUGUCUGAACUGCGCGUCAAAGGUACCUAUGAACACUUGAAAGAAGUGGUGGGUGCUCAGGGCGUUAAGAUUGUAGCACGCGAUCUCGAGAAAGCACUGGCUGGCCUCCCUCUCUACGUGGCUACGGAUCUAGCUGAAGAGCUCUACUUCAAGGACGAAGUUAGCCGGGGCCUGAAGGCUGCACUCAAGGCGAUUGCUGUCAGCCCCGUGGGAGUUUACGUGGUGGCAAGCACUCUUGGGUCUCUUGAAUCUUUGCUCACUUAUCUCAAAUCAGUUAACAUUCCUUUCUCGGGGAUCAGUGUUGGCACAGUGCACAGAAAAGACGUGAUGAAGGCCUCUAUCAUGGUGGAAAGAGAUCGCAAGUGGGCCGUUAUCCUGGCCUUCGACGUGAAGGUGGACAAAGAUGCUCAAAAAAUGGCCAAUGAGGUUGGCGUGCAAAUCUUCACGGCCAACAUCAUCUAUCACCUCCAAACGCGGAUGGAAGAAUAUGUUGAGGCCCUGAUGCGGGAGAACCGCAAGAAACACGCGGACCAAGCUGUCUUCCCAGUAAAACUGCGCGUUCUUCCAGAUAUGGUGUUCAACAAACGCGCUCCAAUUGUUAUGGGCGUGCAUGUAGAAGCAGGGUUGUUGCGCGAAGGUACUCCAAUCUGUGUUCCGUCUCGAGACAACGUGGUUCUCGGUAAGGUCUUCUCGAUUGAAUCCAACCACAAGGCUAUCCAGGAAGCGCGCACUGGUCAAGAGGUGUGUGUUCGCAUCGAUCCUGUCGAGGGUGAAGCGCCGAAAUUGUACGGGCGUCACUUUGAUCACACCGACGUCCUCGUCUCGAAAAUUUCUCGAGACAGCAUUGACAUUGUCAAAGAAUUCUACCGAAAUGAUCUGAAUAAGGAGGACUGGAAGCUGAUGGUUGAACUGAAGAAGAUGCUUUCAAUUAUUUGA